AUUAUCUUUCGUAUACGGUGUAGAUUGUCAAAUGCGAUACAAAUAUUUACCUAUGAUUUGUUGUUCGAGUGGGAAAACGGGGUCGCAAUCAAUGAGAGUAUAAAAAUCCAGCGAUACUGAUGUUAUAUAUACAACAACUCGAAUCGCGGAAGUCAAAUACGGAGAAACGACGCUUAACUGUCGACUGGCGCCAUCAUGAAGACCUUAAUCUGUGUCGCUGCCUUCUUGGUAAUUUGCGAAGCUGGUCAUCCGCAUCUAAGCCUUCUACGAGGCUUAGCACGAGGCGAGAAUGGCUUGUCAAGGAUCGACUUCCCGGCGUACGAAGACAAGUGCACGAAGGUUCGAGAAUGCAUUAGUUGCACCGAAGCGAAGGUGUGUUUGCCGAAUGGCCAGCCGAUUGGGACGGUCAAUUGCUCCAUCUGGAGUCCUUCGACGCCCUUCUGCGAUCCAGAAAAUGGUCUUUGCACCGCUGAAGAACCCUCGAGCUGCGCGGAGAAACAGACACCCUUCCCAUGUCCGCCCCAGAAUGGCACAUAUCCGGACCCGCAGGACUGCAGUCGGUUUCACUACUGCGUCGGUGGUAAGGACACGACGAUAGUCUGUCCUAAGAAGAACGUCUACGACCACAACCAAGGAACUUGCAAGCUUCGCCGACGGCUCUCUGACUGCGUGGAAUUCAACUGCAUCCACAGAGAGGGCGAAGACAUUUUGUACCCCGAGGAUGAUCGCAUCUGGGCAACUUGCGCUGCUGGAAAAGCCUACAUCAUGGGUCGAUGCAAGGAGUACGAGCGGUACGACGUCGCCCUCAGGAAGUGCUCCAGGGUAUGCAGGGCUGUCGAGAACCAACCGAUCGAGGGCGAGUGCGGUAGCUACAUCAGGUGUGCCGAGGUUGGAAUCGGGCAACUGGAACCCGUAAGGUUCCCUUGUCCACCUGGCCAAGGCUUUGAUAUUGGUAAGAAAGUGUGCAGCCCGAGCGUUUCAUGUCCUGCUAUAUCCGGUAGCAAGGAAAACGAUGGUGACGAAAAGGACGAGGAUGACGAGGUCGAUGCUGAGGAUGGUGGUGCGCGGUUAUGGUCUCUCCGCAUCAAUAGUUCUGGUAAUUCGAACAGUAAUAACAACGUGUCGAACGGAGAUGACAGCACGAAUGGUAAUUUAAUUAAUGGUAACGGUAACGGGAAUAAUUCAAAUUCUGGAAACGUUGGAUCAGCGGGUCGGUCACGUAUUUCUUUUCGAAUCAUCAACAACUCGGGAAGCAAUAACACGGACAACAGUAUUGAAAACGGCGACGAUAGAGUCGCGGGAAAUCUCGUUAAUGGUGACGAUAAUGGGAACAGCCAGAAUUCGGGAAACGUUGGGACUGGAAAUCAGAAGAACGUUUCGUCUCGAAUCAUCAAUAACUCGGGCGACAAUAAUGCUGACAACAAGGUUACGAACGGUGACGAUGGUCUGAUUGGAAACCUCGUGAAUGGUAACAACAACGGAAACAAGGAAAAUUCGGAAAACGUAGGAUCCGGAAAUCAGAAUAGAAUGGCAUCUCGAAUCAUCAACAACUCGGGGAGCAACAAUGUAAAUAACAAUGUUGCGAACGGUAACGAUAAAAUGGCAGGAAACCUCGUGAAUGGCAAUAACAACGGAAAUAAGGAAAAUUCGGGAAACGUCGGAUCUGGAAAUCAGAAUCGGAUGGCAUCUAGAAUCAUUAACAACUCGGGUAGCAACAAUGUUAAGAACAAUGUUGAGAACGGUGACGAUAAAGUGACAGGAAACCUCGUGAAUGGUAAUAAUAAUGGGAACAGCGAGAACUCGGGAAACGUUGGAUCCGGAAAUCAGCAUCGGGUUGAACCUCGAAUCAUCAACAACUCGGGAAGCAACAACUUGAACAAUCAUGUUGAGAAUGGUGAUGAUAGGGUGACCGGAAAUCUCAUGAAUGGAAAUAAUAAUGGGAAUAAGAACAACUCGGGGAAUGUUGGUACCGGAAAUCGUAACCGCCGAUCGGUACUGGUCCGUAUUAAUAAUUCCGGUAAUGAGAACAGCGGCAACAGCAUUGUCAACGGAAACGACGAAAGCAAUGGAAACCUCAUAAACGGUAACGGAAAUUCAGGGAAUAGUAACGACGGAAAUAUCAGUUCUAGUAAUCAAAAUGGCCCGUCACCUCGGAUCAAUAAUUCGGGAAACACCAACGCGAACAACAGCAUUGCAAAUGGAAACGACAGUUCUAACGGAAAUCUUGUGAACGGAAACGGCAACUCGGGAAAUCAUAAUACCGGGAACGUAGAGACUGGGAACCAGGGAAAAUUGGCUUCGAGGAUAAUAAAUAACUCGGGAGAUAAGAACAGCAAAAAUGAUAUCAGAAAUGGCGACGAUCUAGUCGUGGGCAACCUCGUCAACGGCAACAAUAAUGGGAACAGUCAUUAUUCCGGGAAUACUGGAUCUGGUAAUCAACAUGAACCCGCCACUCGCAUCAAUAAUUCUGGAAAUGACAACGCAAACAACAGUGUUGCCAACGGUAAUGACAGCGGCAACGGAAAUCUUGUAAACGGAAACGGGAACUCGGAGAACGGAAAUUCCGGAAACAUUGGGUCUGGAAACCAGAGAAGAUUUGCUUCGAGGAUAAUAAAUAACGCGGGGAACAACAACAAGGACAACAAGGUGGCGAACGGCAAUGACAACGUGAUCGGAAACCUCAUCAACGGAAAUAACAACGGGAACAAUCAUAAUUCCGGGAAUACUGGAUCCGGCAAUCAGCACAGAAUGAUUUCGCGCAUCAACAAUUCCGGGAACAAUAAUGCGGACAAUAACGUGUCGAACGGCGACGACAGCUCCAAUGGGAACCUGGUCAAUGGAAACAACAACUCCGCUAAUACAAACACCGGAAAUAUCGGCUCCGAGAACCAUCAUCAAGAGACCACGGAAAUCAGUGAGGAUCAAGACCAAGGAUCAACUACCGAAGAGAAGCCUUCCGCUCUGUUAGAAUCGAUCCAAAAACUAGCGGAAUGGGUGAGAGAUAAGUUCUCUGAGCAGAACCCACCGGAAAACGAUUCUUCAAACUUGUUACCGACGGAGGAAAGUGUGGAUGAAGAUUUGGAGUCUUAGAAUCAAAGAAGACGCUUCAAUCGCUUUACCAAAACAAAAAAAAAAAAAAAAAUAAUGAUAAUUCCAUAAAACAAUGCGCGUGAAUGUAUUAUUUCUUUUAAUGUUAAGAUCGUAGAUGUAGAUUCAGAAUAAAAUCAUAUUCCUGAGCGCGUGGUGGAAAAUAAAGCAAAUUUGUUA